UGAGAUUUGUCGUACUGCCACUACAGCAUUGAGCAGCACGAUGUUACUCCCUUGGACUAUGCAAUAGGAAAUUGUGAAGUUGCAGUGAUUUUAUGCUCUCACAGAGGGGCUGGGACCGUUAUAUUUAUAAACCUCUUUUCCUCCGUAGUUUGAAGAUUGUUGUCCUAUUUAUUUUUUUUUCAAGAUGCCACGUUCGUUUCUUGUUAAGAAACACUUUAACUCAACCAAGAAGCCAAAUUAUAGCGAACUGGACAAUCACACAGUCUUAAUUUCACCGUAUCUUUACAAAGGAUACCCUGUGCCUGUCAUCCCACAGCCAGAGAUCCUCAGUUCGGUAGCCUACAACCCAAUCACAGUAUGGACUACGAGCAGCCUGCCAUUAACUCCUUUGCCCAGUGAUCUCUCGCCUAUCUCCGGAUAUCCCUCGUCCAUUGGACGGGUUAGUCCACCACCGCCAUCUGACACUUCUUCCAAAGACCACAGUGGUUCUGAAAGUCCCAUUAGCGAUGAAGAUGAGAGAAUGCACACUAAGAUCUCGGAUCCGCACGCCGUGGAAGCCGAGAAGUUUCAGUGCAGUUUGUGCAGCAAAUCCUAUUCCACGUAUUCCGGAUUGCUGAAGCACAAGCAGCUUCACUGUGAUGCGCAGACGAGGAAAUCUUUCAGUUGCAAAUACUGCGAGAAGGAGUACGUCAGUCUUGGAGCGCUUAAGAUGCACAUCAGGACCCACACUUUGCCUUGUGUCUGCAAAAUAUGUGGCAAAGCCUUUUCCAGACCUUGGUUACUUCAAGGACACAUCAGAACGCACACGGGAGAGAAGCCCUUUUCCUGCCCACACUGCAGCAGAGCAUUUGCAGACAGAUCAAACCUCAGGGCUCAUCUACAAACCCAUUCUGAUGUGAAAAAAUACCAAUGCAAAAACUGUUCCAAAACCUUCUCCAGAAUGUCUCUUCUGCACAAGCAUGAGGAAUCUGGUUGUUGUGUAGCACACUGAGCUAGGAUGCCAACUGAGACUCGUACUACUCCAAUGGAGGAAAUAAGAAUCCUUUUUUUUAUGCAGAAUUUAUGAAAACAAAACGCAUUUCAUUAUAAAACUGAGCCUAUCAGUUUCAUUUCAUACAUUUCAUCGUGAAGCAGUAUUUUUGAUUGUACUUUUCCCUGAGGAAAAAAAGUGCUUUACUUUCUUUUCCACAAAGUGCCUAAUUGGUUGUACUGCAAGUGUGCCUUCAGGGGUGAUCUCAUGGUAUAACCCUUCUCGUGUUUGUAAUGUUUCGAUCAGCAUCUGUCAUAGGAUUUUGAACAGAGAUGGUUAACAUGCAUCAUGUUUAUGACAUUUCUGUCUUUUUUUGCACCUUUUAAAGUAUUGCACAUACAAACAUUCCAGGUGCUUAAAAGAAAAAAAAUAAUAUCCAGGUAAUGGAAUUUCUCAUAUGUUUGCUGUAUAGGGAAGAAGUACAAAAUCGUUGUCUUUCAAAGAGUGAAAGUAUUUUAUCUUCUGUUGCACAAAAAUAAUGCAAUAACUGUUUUACAGCACUCAAAAUAGCAAUACUCCAUCAAGUGCCUUGCUUGGGUUUGGCAUUUCUACAGUGUUUUCUUAACGGUUUUCUUUCCAAAUACGUUUUCAUAUAUAUUUUUAUAUAUUGAAUGUACCAUGUAUGGGUGAGUUGAUGAUUGCAGAGUCUUGACAGUGUGAACAGAGGGAGUGAAUGCUGUUUUUUUCUACAGACAUUUCAAAUAAUAAUAAAAUACAGAAAAAAAAACUUUAAAAUGUGUGCUUUUCUUUUGAUUGGCCACCAAAGUAGAAGUAUAAUGUGAGACACAAUUUGCUCACUGUGAAAUUGGACCUUGUUAAUUAGAAAUGCUUUGCCAUUGCAACAGUUAGCACCUAUGCAUUCUUUUGCAAAUGAGCAGGGUAAUGGAUUGUAAUGCUGGCAUUUACAAUUAUAUAGGAUCUGAAAGUGGAAUGCAAAUACAACACAACUAAAGCAUAAUUAACCAGUUUGUAUGAGCUGCUACAUUCCAGCAGUGUUUCUCAAAAGGUUUAAUUUACUAUGAGGCGUUAAGAGUAAGUCAGCCUCAACAGGAGCAACAAUCUUAUUUCCAACACCCUGUUCCGAGCAAAAGUGUGCUUGAAACUUCAUGUGUGUAUAUAUAUAAUAUUCACAAUAAACCAUAUUUAUAUUGUGAAGAAAAAAUACUGUUGGUACCAAUAUUCAUGUUUAUUUUUUCAAUAGGUUGCUUGAUAUUCUCUUCGUGAAGUAUAAGAAUAAUCUUUGGCCCACUCCUGGUCUUUAAAACCUUUGGCUCCCACUUGUAUUGAUUACAUUACUAUUAUUUAACUAGGAGCAAGUGAAUCCCUUAAAGGAACAGAGGAACCAUGAGUUGUUCUAAUGUUCUAAGUGCCACAGGUUUAUGACAAUACUCAAGGUAUAAGACAUAUACCUACUAAAGAGGAAGAACGUUCAGUGUUUUUAAAGGCCUGUACCUAUCGCUUUAUUAUAUCUCUAUACAACUUAUAAUCUAGUAAUAUUAUAUCCAAGUAAUAUUUUUGUAUUGAUUUACUAAAAAAGUAGUGUGAGCAACUACCCCAGAAAGCAGUUUUUUAAUAAUCACUAUAGAAAAUAAGAAAAGGGAUAAACAAAAGGGUCUCUUCUCAGCCAUUUGUUAUAUAAUGCGUUAGGUUAAACAAAAUGUAACCACCUGAAGUAAACAUGUACAGAAGGGCCUGGAAAUCAAGAUAUUUAGGUACAUAAAUCCCCAGUGGCUUCAAUAAAUUGUAAUCUUAUGUCUGACUACUUCUUUUUUAAAAAACAAUCAUCCAAAUUUGCUGUGAUCUCUGGAUGUUUGCUUCAUUGUACCAGAUUGGCCCUAUAGAGCAGACACUGAUACAUGGUUAAUGACAUUUUUACCUUAUAUAGAGUCACUGUAUUGCAUUGCAUAUCUACAAAAACAUAGAAAAUCAUCAAAUGUUGCUUAACUUAAAUCUAUAAGCUGCAUAAUGGCAUUUAGGUGACUUUUAGACCAAAUUUACUACAGUUUGUCUUUCUGGAUUUACAGGUAGCUUAUUCAUGCUGCAGGGUUUUUAUUUACCUUGUUACUUAAUUCUGACUUUGUUCAUUUUGACUGCUUUCCAAGAAACAUCGGCUUACCCCCCCCUAUUCAUCUAAAACAAAUGAUACUUGCUUUCAUUUUUUUAAUACAUUUUUAUGAUAGAUGCUUUUUUAUCUUAAGAGGUCAAUGGAAUACUUUCAGUCCAGAACCUGCUUCAUGUGAACCUGUUCAGACAUCAAACAAACUCGAAAUGUAACACAUAGGUACUAUAUUGAUCUUCAGUCACACGUUAUUCUCUUUGAAGAUCUCAAAUCUCCCAGACCUUUCAUUUGCUGUUGUAGGUGCUACUUUAAAGAGUAAAAGCUAAUCACAGCUUGCAGACAGUCACCUGUGAAAGCUGUCGGUUCACAAACUGUUUUGUAUGUAACCAUCACUGCAUUGCCACAGACCAGUUUGUGUACUGGGAGCACACAUUCCUGGUUCAAACUACACAAACGCAUUUGCACUACAAUCUCUUUUACAAUAAAAAAUGCAAAUAAAAAGACAGGGCACCCUUACUUAAGUUAAUAUUUCUCUCUUCUUAAGAAAUAUAUCAAAAUACAGUGUUUUGGCUAACCCUACUAGUUGAACAAUAUACAUUCUAACCACCCAUCAUCCAAUGAAAGACUUUGUUCUUAGAGUGGCUUUUGAGAUGCGAUUUAGUACUGCAAUAAAACAUAAUUAGCCACUGUGCAGUAUAUCUGUAUUUUGAAAACUGUAUAGGAAAUUGUUUCAAUGUAAAAUCAUUUAGUUUAGUGUGUACUUGAAAAAGGCAACCCCUAAAAUAAUUCUGUGUCACAUAACAGCUCUGAAUUUCAGUGAAAUUGGCUUGGCAUUACCUUGAUAAGAUUUUAUCCAUUCCCUUCUCCUAAGUCACACUGUGAUUUUUCAGUAUAAUUCUUAGUCAGUCAUUCAAAUCUCAAUUCAAGCCUAUGUGUAACAUUCUUACAACAAAACUGCAAAUGUUAUUUGUUUGUAUAUUUACAUGUUGUUUCAUUUUUGUUUUUAAAAGCUGAGAUGUGUCUCGAACUGUUUUCUGUAACCCGGAACCUUAUUUAUGUUAAUUUCAGGCAUUAAAUGAUAUUAGUUAAAUUU